GAAAAAGAACAAAAAGAAAUUUCAUCAAUUUUAAAGCUGAGAAUAUUUGAUUUUAGAGUGGAGAAAUUAAAUCAUAGAAACAAGAGAUGGCGCAGCCAAGCAAAGAGCCUUGCAAGAAAGAAGCUUGCGAUAUCCAAGCUUGUCUCUCCAAGAGCAACUUCCUUCCUCAAAGGUGCCAGAAAGUAAUCCAACUGCUGCAAUCUUGCUGCGAGAAAUGCAACUAUGAGUCCACCCAUUGUGCAUCUGUGUCUGCUCUCCUAAAGCAAAUAGCCAAGUGAAUGCAAAGACUGGACAUCAUGGUUUGAUUUCGUUUGUAUUUUGCUUCGACGUUGUCGGUACACUACAUAAUACAUAUAACUCAACUGACGCAUUGUAUUUUGAAAAUCAGGCACAUAUGUAUAUUUGAGAUGCCAUUUUAAAUAAAUGAGAAGGGAACAACAGUUGAUCUACCAAAUCAAAAUUGCAAAA